CCGACUCAAACCGAUUGAGCCGACUGAAAGCGCAUGUUCUUCAGUAGGCGCUGCUGCAUUCCUGGAGUGCAUGUAGUUGGGAGUGGUAAAUACAAGCACCGCCCAACUUGUACGUCUACCUCGGGAAUUGGUUUUUGCUCAAUAUAUCGAGUCAAUAUCAAGCAAACACAGCGCAAUGAUCAUGGGCACAUAAUCCAAAUCGCAACGACACACCUGCGACAACGUCCACCGCCCCUGCAGGGUACAUAAAGGUAAGACCGGUGUGAUGUCCAUCAGUCCUUGAUGCAUGAUCAUCAAUCUUCGAGACUUGGGGCUCCUGCAGCAAGAGUCCUGCUACGUUACCAGUGUACAUGUACCGUACUGCAAACCAAUAGGCCACAGUCGCGAGGGGAAAGGUAAAGCUGAAGCGAAAAGAUGGUACGGCAACGCCUGUACACCAAGCAGCGCGAUCCAAGUUCAACGCAACUUGUAGUCUACACGUUGUAGAGAAUUCCGUUGACAAAGGACCCUUGUACAUGCACGACAUGCUAUCGUAUGAGCAACCCACGCCAGUCUGAAUCCCAGCGGUCCAUCGAAGUAAGACCGAGAGAGACGCUACGUUCGGGCGCAGAGAUGGGCUGGGUGUCGAUGGCACAAUCGCCAUUGCUUGACCAACUCUCCUCUCCAGUCUUAUUCUCCUUUUGGCGCUCUCCUCCGUAAGAAGCUGCGAAUCAAGAUGCGUGUCGACGUCGAGACAAAUGGUGACGCUACACCUUCCCACACGGCGUUUAGCCGCUUCUCGCACACCGCGCGCAAGUUUAUCGACCGCUGUGAGCGCUCGUUGCACCACACGAACCGCAGCCAGUACUUGCGUGACGAACAGCACCACAGGAAAUGGUUUGUCACCAAUAGCGCGCACGUCCGCGAGUGCCUCGCCGAGCUUUUGGGCACUUUUGUCAUGAUCUGCUUCGGUAUGGGUGUCAACAACCAAGUGAGUCUGUCCGAGGAGACCAACGGCACGUGGCUCAGCAUUAACAUGGCGUGGGGUAUUGGUAUCCUUAUGGCUGUUUACUGCUCUGAAGGCGUCAGCGGCGCGCAUUUGAAUCCGUCCGUCACGCUCGCACACUGCGUGUAUGGCCGUCUACCAUGGUGGAAGAUGCCGGGUUACUGUCUUUCGCAGUUGGUUGGCGCUUUCGUUGGAGCUGCGGCUAUUUACCUGCUCGACUACCAGAAAAUUCAGAAGAUCGAUCCAGAUCUGGAGACCACGCAGAGCAAUUUUGCCACCUACCCAAGCGACGACAUUAGCAAUUACACGGCGUUCUACACGGAGGCACUGGCCACAGGAAUGUUGCUGCUUUGCAUUUAUGCGAUCACGGACCAAAACAAUCGUUCUCCGGGUACGGUAGGUACGCCGUUUGCCUUUGCGUUGAUGAUCAUGGCGCUUGGAAUGAGCUUCGGCAUGAACACCGGCUACGCGAUGAACCCAGCGCGUGACUUUGGUCCUCGUUUGUUGACGUACGUGGUGGGAUACGGCUCGAAGGUUUGGACGGCAGAUCACUAUUACUUUUGGAUUCCAAUUGUUGCUCCACUUGCUGGUGGUGUGAUCGGCGCUGGUUUGUACACGGUUUUGGUCCAGAUUCAACAUCCUCACGAGCAUGAAAUGUAAUUUUUGCCGUUUGAGAGUGAGCACUCGAAGAAAAUGGGUAUUGAUAAAACUGUAGCUCCGAUAAGCAGGUCACUGCGAUAAUUUCCAAUGGAGCAUUUCUGUUUCCAACAAUUGAAUAUGCGAUUGAUUCGGAAC